UUGUCUCCACCCUACCUAGCUCAUUCUCCUUGAUCAUCAAGUUAAUUAUAAUUCCUCUCUUAAUCUCCAACAACAUCAAAAACAUGGAAUUCCCAGACAUGAAUAAUAAUCCAACUGGAAGAUCACCAAGAAGAGAACUUCAAGGACCAAGACCUACUCCUUUGAGAAUAAACAAAGAUUCUCACAAGAUCAAGAAACCACCGCUUGCGCCGCCGCCACCACAACAACCACCCUCACACCACCAACCGCCUCCGCGCCAACCCAUUAUAAUCUACACCGUCUCCCCCAAGAUUAUCCACACCACACCCGGUGAUUUCAUGAGCCUAGUUCAGCGCCUUACUGGCUCUUCGUCUUCGUCUUCGUCCUCGUCCAUGUCCAUGUCCUUCAAUAAUACUUAUCCUUCUUUCUCCACGUCAUCCUCCUCGGCCUUUCCGACAUCUGACGUGGCACUAGUGCAAAACAACGACCCUUUCAACGUCGUCCCCGUCGAAACAGUGUCUCCGGCGGCUCGUUACGCCGCCACAGAGAAAGCUAGGUCGUCUCCAUUGGGGAAGAACAAAAUGAUGAUGCAUCAAAACCAGGCAAUAAUCAAUGGCGGCAGCGACCAAAUAACAUCAAAUAACGACGUGGUGGAAGGUUUAGAGAUGAUGAUGGUGGCGGCGGAGAGAACAAACAUGUUUCAAGGGAUAUUAUCGCCGGGACCAGCUUCGCUUUCUCCCAUUCCUUCAAGUUUUUUUUCACCGAUGAUACCACCAUCUUCUUCUUCGGAUCCAAACAUGGUUAGCUUCUUUCAUGAUUUGAGCCCUAUGCUUCACAACAGUGCCACUUUCGUCAUGCCUAGUCCUUCAAACUUUGUUUCACCACAAACUCCAACUAUAGAUUUAUUCAACUACUUCCUAGAUUGAUUAUUAGAUCUUACUUCAUACAUACCAUUUAUUCAUCCAUUUAAUUCCAUUGCCACAUUAUCAUUCUUCACAAAUUUUCAUUACAGAAAUGUUAAAAAGAGAUAAAAUAAAUUUUAACUAUUUUUUUAAUAAUGAAAUACUUUUGUUUCAGUGAUUAUAUACACGAGGAUAAAAGAAAUAUAGAUCAUAGGGCCUGCAGAUUUAUUAAUUGCCGUUUGCUGAGUUUGUUGGUGGUGUAGUUAAUUAGACUUUAGAAGAAAUAUUUUUUUU